CAUUUAAUUUAGUUAAAAAUUGUUGAAAUUUAACUAACGUUAGAUCAUAGUUCAGAGAAGAAUUACUAAGACGUCUAAAAUAUCUGAUUUCUCUUCCAAACUCAUCAUAUUAUAUUCAUGCUAUCACGGGAAGAGUACAUAAGUGAACGAGGAAAAUUGUUUUAAAAUAUGAUAGAGACUAAAGUGUAAUAACAAACAGUACCUAGUUCUUUGUAUUAGAAAUUACGUUCAAUCAUGAUUGUGCGGUGUGUGCUGUUAAUUCUAUUUGUGAACUGUGUACGAACAAUUGAAGAAAAGUCGAAUUAUUUACAAGAUGAAUUCAAUUAUUUUAAGUUAGACAACGGGUAUCGUGUUAUACCAUACGUAUAUAAUGUGCCGCAUUUUAUGGGGGUUAAGAAACGUGAAGCUGAUGGAAUUUUAUCUAAAGUUGGACCUGAACAGUUAACAAGUGAUAACGAACCUCAACAGUCUGUUAAAAAGGACGAACCAGAACAAAUAAUUAUUGGACAAAGUGAAGGCGGAAGUGUAAAGCAAGAAGUUGCAUCACCUCUUAAUAAUUCGGCUCCUGCAUCAGUUCCAAUCAAUAAUAACCAUAAUGUUAAGCAAGAGCAAAUUAAUAAAACAAACACAAUUCCUGUAAAAAAUAUUCCUGAUAAAACAAAAGAAAAUGUCACAACCCUAGCACCAUCAAUUUCAAAGCUCAGUGAUCCAGCACCAAGCAAGAAUAAUACAAAAGAUGACUUGACAACCAUUGAUGUUAACAGCCCUGGUGUUAUAAAGAGAGCCUUAAUAGUAUUUGGAGGCUUGACGCUGCUUGCUGUGGCCUACCUUAUAUUUUACAGAAACAAGCACAAAAAGUUUGACGCCAGUAACAACCAUGGUACCGGUGAAUCAAACCAAUUCAGAUACGGUGUUCUUCAGUCCGAUGAUCGACGGGAGAAUAUGGAACUCUCUAGAAUACCGCUCACAAUGGAAUCCGAUGAUGACGAUGAUGAAGACCUUGAAAUAUUCGACCUGGAACAGAAAAGGAAAUCUCUGUCGUAUGUAAAUCUUCAAACAAACGACGAAGAUAUUGUUUUACGCUCGUCUAAAGACGAAUCUAAGAAUAACUUGUUACUAGAUAUAGAAGAUGGCUCGCCAGAUCAGCUCAUUAAUUGGUCAAGUAGUGGAAGUAAGUCUAUACUGUAAUAUAUCUCGCAAACAGAUCGAAAUACAAUUUUUGAAGGAUUUAAAGUGAGGCACAAAGUAUGGAAAAACAUUGUAAAAAACUCCCUUAUUUUUGCAUGGGAUAAAGAAUCCUAUUAAAUAUUGAGUUUCUCAACAUUAAAGCAAUAUUUAAAAAAGAACCAGAACUAUUUUUGUUAAACAAUUUGAAGCCUGUAAGAACAUGUUAUUUUUAGAACGAAACCAAUGUUUUGAUGAUCAGGAAUACAGAAAAUGGCAUGAAUAUUAUGAGUACAUACAUAGACAUAUUUUUCUAAUUCACACUGAUAGAAAUUACAGAAAUGCUUAAUAUUUUGUAUUUCUACAAAGCCUAUUCUAUCGCUAACGAAUUUUAUGCUAUGAAUUAAGUAUAGCCUAAGAUGUAUUUGUAAUUCAACAUUUUUAGUUUGAUAUA